UUCUAGGGUUUCAUCAUAAUACUCUGUUCUUCCUUGUUUACGCGAGAGAGAGAUUACCAAUCAAACUGCAAAAAUGGAGACUCUUGUUCUUAAGGGUACGAUGAGGGCUCACAGCGAUUGGGUUACAGCAAUCGCAUGUCCAAUCGACAACUCGGACAAGAUCGUCACUUCAUCUCGUGAUAAAUCCAUCAUUGUCUGGAAUCUCACCAAAGAAGACAAUGUUUACGGUACUCCCCAUCGCCGUCUUGAAGGCCAUUCCCAUUUCGUUCAAGACGUCGUCCUUUCCUCCGAUUGCCAAUUCGCUCUUUCCGGAUCCUGGGACGGCGAGCUUCGUCUUUGGGAUCUGACUACAGGGAAAACCGCCCGUCGUUUCGUCGGCCAUAAGAAGGACGUUCUCUCCGUUGCGUUCUCUGGCGAUAAUCGCCAAAUUGUUUCCGCUUCUCGCGAUAAGACGAUCAAGCUAUGGAACACACUUGGAGAAUGUAAGUAUACUAUUCAGGAUACUGAAGGUGGUCAUUCUGAUUGGGUUAGUUGUGUUAAGUUUAGCCCUAGUGAUUCACAACCCAGUAUUAUUUCUGCUUCAUGGGAUCGAUCUGUUAAGAUUUGGAAUUUGAGUAACUGUAAGCUUCGUCAUACUUUGUCUGGACAUACUGGGUAUGUCAACACUGUUACUGUCUCUCCUGAUGGUUCUCUUUGUGCUACUGGUGGAAAAGAUGGAACUAUCCUUCUUUCUGAUUUGACAGAGGGAAAGAAGCUAUAUUCUCUAGAUGCUGGUUCGAUUGUCCAUGCUCUUUGUUUCAGUCCUAAUAGGUAUUGGCUUUGUGCUGCUACUGAGAAUGGGAUUAAGAUCUGGGAUUUGGAGAGUAAGAGUGUUGUUGUUGAACUUAAGAUUGAUCUUAAGUCUGAGUUGGAAAUUGCUCCAGAGGGUACUCAACCUGCUAUUGCCAAGACUAAGGUGAUAUACUGCACAUGUUUGAACUGGAGUGCAGAUGGAAGCACACUUUUCAGUGGAUAUACAGAUGGAGUUGUUAGGGUUUGGGGUAUUAGUCGUUAAUAAACCAUCCAAUCCAGUUUUCAGGUGAUGAUUAUGAUGAUGAUUCUUUUUGGGUUUCAAUUGGUUUACUUAUUUUGAUCUUUUUUUGGUUUUGAAUGUUGGGAUUUUAGUUCAGUUUUGUUUGAAUUCAAUUCAAAUCAAGAGUUUAUUUAGUUUAAUUUCUCUGUUUUGUUUGACAAUAACCCUAGAAUGAAAUCAAAGCUUCAUAUAGUUAGACUAUACCAAUGAAUUGAGAGGUUAAUUGUUUUUCAUUUUAAUUAUCAUGGAUCAAGUUUAAUUAGUAUGUUAA